AUGUUCGCAAAGAAGGAUUUCGAAAGUGACGAGCAAUAUAUGCUGUGCCCCCCACGUGUACUGGGAUAUCACCUCACCACGAGAACAUGGCUGGAGCUACACGUCGACCAAAUCAAGAUCAAGAAAGAAGAAACAAAUGACGUAGCUUUCGAUAAGCUCCAACUCGAUGACGAACAUAAAACCCUGAUCAGAAAGCUCGUCCAAAGCCACUCGAGCAGCACCCUGAAAGAGCCUAUGAUGAAGGACAUUGUCAAGGGCAAAGGCGAGGGUCUUGUCAUGUUGUUGCACGGUCCUCCGGGAGUAGGGAAGACCCUCACUGCCGAAAGCGUGGCUUCCCUGACGGGAAAGCCACUUUUUGCAGUUAGCAUUUCAGACAUUGGCCUGGAUCCGGCAGUCGUCGAACACAACCUUGAGUCACUCUUCGAACUCGCUGCUCGCUGGCGCGCCGUCUUGCUGUUUGACGAGGCGGAUGUCUUUCUUGAGUCGCGGAGCGCCAACACGUCCGAUCUCACACGUAACGCUUUAGUAUCCGUACUCCUGCGUGUGUUGGAGUACUACAAAGGAAUCCUCAUUCUCACCACCAACCGCAUAAAGCAAUUUGAUGUUGCUGUCCUAUCGCGAGUCAAUCUUGGUAUCAUGUACAGCAAUCUGGAAUACCCCGAUAAGAUCGCCAUCUUCGAAGAAUUCCUGAAGCCCCUCAACAGAAAGCAAGUAGAGGACCGAGAGGGCAUCAUCGACUGGUUCGGAAAGCACAGGGGUGAGGCGAGCAAAUUGUUCAAGCCACUCAAUGGACGCCAAAUCCGCAAUGUGCUCUUCUCGGCGGCGUCCCUGGGCUCCAUGGAUGGUGGUAAACUGCGGUUGGACCACAUCAAGACUAUGGCUCAGAUCACGUUCGACUUCCAGGAAAGUCUUCAACUUGUGAUGGAGUCGUGGCAAGCCCAGAAUGAGGCUGGUCGCCAUGAACGUCACUAA